AUGGCGAAUCUGUCACCAUUUUCGAAUUUCAGCCAAGGCAAUUCCUCCACGUUUACCUCUCCCUUUGGGUUUGCUCGUGAAAUACAUUUAGCUAUGGGCCCCUGUCAGUUUCAAGGGAAUAAUGGAUUUCGAUGCACGUGCCCCUCUGGAGAGUGUACCCUCUUCUCAGAUGACCCCAGGAGGCCCAUCUUCUGUGAGAAUUGUGGGCAUGUGAUGGAUGUUCACCGUGAUUAUGAUAAGCGUCACCUACCACUGCCGAUGAGCUUUUCUGUCUGCAUCAAGUCACUGACAGACAUCCUGAAGGCCGCAGCCCUGUUCUCGAGUGUACUCCUAGAGAUACCGACGAUGGUAUCUCCUCGAGAACGGCUGGUAAAUGGCAUCAUCGAUCAAGCUGAGAAGUAUCGGUUGAUCCUCGUAAGGGGAACACCUGACUGUGGAAAGAUGAAUCUUGUCGCAAAUGAGUUGUUAACACGCCGCUCUGGGGAGAUUCCCGUACAUAUCAUGACUGGCUGGGACGAGCGACAAGUGGACAAGGCAGAAGGUUGGAACGAGUACCUAAUGCAAGAGACAGUGAUUAAAGGACGUGAUUGGCCCACAUCCUGUGCCUAUCUUUGCUCGAUGAAGCUCAGGAGCCUUACUGGGAUACCACUCUAUGAAUCCUUCGACGAAGAAACAACAGACUUUAAUGAUCAGAAUGGCUUAGGUCUCCUGCUCGAGGCCGAGGAGGCAAGUGACGUUAUGAAGAAGUAUACUGACGCAGUCGGGCCCCCUUCCCUAUCAAAGGACUUGAUGGAUGAGCUGUUCCUCAUUAGCAAUGGACAUGUCGGAUGCCUCACCGCCCUCAUGGGAGUUUUCAGACGAGCAGUAGAGCUUGAAUAUCAGAGACGCCAUGAUCCCCAAUUUGAGCUUGGCACGGUUCGCGAAAGCAUAUUCAGUCACCCGAGCAGAUUAUUUCGCUAUCUGAAUGACACCCCCUUCAUAAGAGGUAUGCCAAACGCCGACAUUCUCCAGCACCAGGACGUAGCAAAGGUAUUUAAGCGAACAGUCGCUUGUGAUGAGAUCAGUGCGGAUGACUUUGAGAAUGCUGCGGAAAUCCAGACACUGGAGAUGAUUUGGCGAAAUGGUUGGCUACAUGCCAGGAAGAUACGGAGUUCGCUAUACAUUUCCCAGCAGCAUCCAUCGUUGACGCCCCUUACAGGCGUAAUCCACUAUACAACGGCAUUAGAGCUCGCUAUAGGUGCUAUUCGAGGCAUCAUCAUUCCUCGACAUCUUUCAGAUCCUCCACGCUCAGCGUCAGGCGGGAGUCUCCCAUUAGAGGAUCAAUACCAAAAGGAAUUUUACCGCUCCUUUUAUACUCUGCUAGAUGGCCGAGUGCUAAUCUCUCCUGAGUAUGUCGCCAAGAGAGGAAAGGGGGGUGGCACGAUUGACUUUCUUCUCUCAACCAAGAAAUGGGGCUUUGAGUUAUUAGAAAUCGCAAAAAAAUAGCAGAACACAUGGAGAGGUUUGCACCUGGUGGUGCAUAUUAUGGUAUGAUAAAAUCAGAUGUUAUGCAAGAUUACAUUGUGCUAGACUUUUCAACCUCAAAACCGAGAAAAUCACAUCCAGAAUACUAUGGCCACCUGUACCAUGCUGUAUUUUCUAAUGAUUACCAAGAUAUUAGUAUUCUUGACGCUUCAGAUCUCCAGGUAAUUACUUCAUUGAGCUUGUCAGAGAACUCAAAUCCACUGGCAUGAUUUUCUUAUUAUUCAGUUCUAGAAAAGCCGUGCAAUUUCAAAAGCAGCCAGCUCAGUCAAGGAGCUGCAAGGACAGCAGGGUCUGUGCCAAUUUUAGUCCGAACCAGACGUUAAGAACCAAAAGAUAAGGCUCAACUUGAAGGCGUUGAGUACCAGAUCCCUCUGCAUAGAUCGUAGUAUUGUUUCCGAGGUAGAUAUCUCUGGGUCCAAGGGAGAUGCUUAUAGUCCUUAAGGUCCAAUUUGCUGUUGCAAAAGUGCUGUGUAGCUCCCGAGUCAAGGAUUAGCCGAGUGCCUUGUCAACAACCCGACGCAGGCGGGAAAUUCCUGGCAAGACUGGAAUGAAUAGAAAGAAAGAUAAAAAGAAUUUAGAAAAUUAAAAACAAUAAACAUACAACAGCUGGGAUUCGCUGGUGGUCACCCACCCAACUACUAACCAGCCGGCGUAUGGCUUAAAUACGGCUGAGCGGACGGGAAGCCCUGUUUUCCACACCCUAUGGUCGUAUGUACUAAGUUAACAGAAAAAGGUGAUCCAUAUGCUAUCUGGAUAUAGCGUUGAUGAUAUUCACUUGAAUCAAUUGCGUCUUAUUGGUGACCAUCGAGAUUAUCCAAGUUGUCAACACCCUAGGCCGAUCCCUAGUUGCUGUAAGCUAUAAGCAUAGUAGCCAGCCCGCUCACGAUUCCCAUCA